GGUACUAUAGCAAAAAGUACUUGAUUCACACGCCACUUGCGAUUCGUGAUUGCUAACGACAUCACGUGGAUUUUGCGCGCGUUGAAACAAAAAAAAAUAACUCAUUAACAACUUCGUCAGUCACUGAAAACGAUUUACAAUUAUCGCUCGAACGAAAAGGAACAAAAAGUUAUACUUUAAGCAACUUGUUCUCGUUUCACAAUUACGGCUCCAAUAAUAUCAAAUAUUAAUUUUGAUUGAGCUUUUUGAAGUUACUGGAAAUAUUUAAUAAACAAAAACAGACAAGAUGUGCGGCGCCUUGUGGGAGUGUAUAAAAUGUCCAGGAAAGGUUGUGUGUUGUUGCUGCCAAUGCGCGCUAAAAAUGGUCCUAGGGAUUUUAUGUUCACUCUUUGGACUGAUUGUCGUUAUCGGACUGAUCGUGUACUUCACAGUAUUUUACCACAAGAAUAGUUCCAGCGACGAUCAACAAAAACUGUUAAGGGAGGCCAUCACUGCUGCGCCGCUGACAUUUAAGGAUUACUUCCAAAAACAAGAUUAAACAGUAUUUAAUUUACUCUAACAUUAAUUAGAGGAAUUUUCUUUAAUUUAGUAAAUCAAUGCUAAAACAUUUGUUUUUUAUCAAAAUUUCAAACUGUUUAGUCAGAAUUUUUUUUUUAAUUUGCGUUGAUUUUUGAGUUUUCUUCUUUUUUUUUUUUGUUUUUGUUGACUGUGCUAUGAACUUUCUUUAAAUUUUUUUACAAUAUGUGAAAGAAAAUGUGGAGCAGCGUUAUUAAAAAAAUAAUUAUAAGUAAUCAAUCAACGCGAAUUUUGGCCGUCAGUGUAUGCAGGUUGUUCGUAAUUUUUUGUAUAGAAGCCAAUACAAAUGGAAUAUUUUUAUAUGUAUGCAUGCACAUCGGCAACUGUUUGAUAAAAAUAUUGUAAAUAAUAAUUUUGUAGUGCGUA